AUGUCGCAGACGGGAUCUUCUGAUCGUCUUGAGCUGUAUAAGUCAGCCAUAGCUUUCCUGAACGAUGAGAGCGUUUCUGAUGCACCGUUAAGCAAGAAAAUAGAAUUUCUACAAUCUAAAGGGCUGACCCAGGAGGAAAUCGAUAAGGCAUUGAAGGAGGCCGAAAGUAACCAUGUAGUUGACUAUAACACUAAUAAAGCAGAGCGUGAAUUCAAAAAUGAAAAAUCUGCCCAGUACGAAGCAGUUCCCCCUCCUCUCCCGCAAAGGGACUGGAAGGACUACUUUGUGAUGGCCACAGCAAGUGCUGGUUUGUGUUACGGUGUCUACCAACUAGCGAAACGGUACGUGAUUCCAAACCUUCUUCCUGAAUCGCAUGCCAAACUGGAGCAGGAUAAGCAAGAAAUAAUGCAACAGUUCGACCGCAUGGAGCAAUUACUCCAAACUAUUGAAAGUGAGCAUUCCUCAUACGUCAAGAAAGAGAAUGAGAAAUUCCAAGAUGUGGAUCAAGUUGUUGUGGAGCUCCAAGGGGCGUUGGAAAGCACAUCCAGGACCCGCGAAAAGCUAGAGGACGACGUGAGAAUUAUGCGUCUUGAAAUAGAAGGUCUUCAAAAAAGUCUUGACACUUUCAUCACUGAAAACAGCGAUAGCCCUGCUAUUAGGAGGUUGAACGAUGAAAUCCUGUCUUUGAAAACUCUUUUUAAAAGCAGCGACCUUCUUAAAGUACCUUCCACUCCAUCUGAUCACAUCAAAUCGCCAGUUCCAGGUGCCGAGGCUAUUCCUUCGGCUUCAGAGAUCUUGUCUAAGAUGAAUAUACCGAAGAAGAAUGACUCAGAGGUACCGGCGUGGAAGAAAUCUCGAGACAAAUCCAUCAAUGAUAAGUCAAUUCCAGAAUGGCAGAAAUCUACUGCUGAAAAACAGCCCACCCCAAUCCCAGAGUGGCAAAGAGCCAUGCUUAAUGCGGAAUCGCCAAGUCCUGAUGACACAAUCUAA